GCGACUGCAUUUUACUCUCACGAAUGAUUUUUUUUAUCAUGUUGGUGUUGUAGUACAGAAAUUCAUCAUUUUCAAGUUUAAAUCUUUUUUAAAAUCCUUGAAAAUCCUUGAAAAGACCAUGCCAGGUUAUAAUUAUGCAGUCAUCUGAUGAAAUAAUUGACCCCCUGUGUCCAAUUUUUAAUUAAGUUGGGAAACGAAAACAAAAGCUCUGGCCUGCAACUGGAAAAUCAAAAGGUGGCCUUGACUGAUCUGAAUUAUCCCACCCUAUCUAUUCUAUAUACAAUGAAAGGCGUCUUCUCGGCGCCCGGUGAUUAUAUUCAUUUCAAGUCGCAAGUCCCUCUCCACAAGAUUCCCGUAGAUCGGGACAAAGCAGUGGAGAUACUAUGAUUUUGGUCCCAAAGCGGUUCCUCCACUUAUUUGUCUUCCUGGAAUAGCAGGGACAGCAGAUGUUUACUACAAGCAGAUCAUGUCAUUGUCCAUGAAGGGGUACCGAGUUAUUUCUGUUGAUAUUCCACGUGUGUGGAAUCAUCAUGAGUGGAUCCAAGCAUUUGAAAAGUUUUUGGAUGUCAUCGAUGUUCAUCAUAUACAUCUUUAUGGAACAUCUUUAGGGGGCUUCUUAGCACAGCUUUUUGCACAGCAUCGUCCAAGGCGAGUGAGAUCAUUGAUACUUUCAAACACCUUUUUGGAGACUCACAGUUUUGCAUCUGCCAUGCCAUGGGCUCCUGUUGUAAGUUGGACCCCAUCUUUUCUUCUGAAAAGGUAUGUCUUAACUGGAAUUCGCGAUGGUCCUCAUGAACCAUUUAUUGCAGAUUCAGUGGAUUUUGUUGUUUCUCAGGUUGAAACGCUUUCGAGAGAUGACUUGGCCUCCAGGUUGACUCUGAAUGUUGAUGCUGCUUCAGUUGGAUCUCUUCUACUUUCAGAUUCAUGUAUCACUAUAAUGGAUACUAAUGAUUACUGUGCAACUCCUCAACAACUCAAAGAUCAGCUGAGUGAUAGAUAUCCUGAAGCACGGUGUGCUCACUUGAAGAGUGGAGGUGACUUUCCAUUUCUUUCACGCCCAGAUGAAGUUAACUUGCAUCUUCAGCUACACCUGCGACGAGUUGGGUUAGAAGCCCAGCCAGACAUGGUCAGGGGCAUCCCAAAGGAUGGCGCUGGUGGGAGCCAUGAUGAAGAGAAAGAUGGUAAAGAAGAUCCAGAUGAUGAGCCCAAAGAUGAUGGAGGAAGCUCUGAAGGACAAUCCAAGGAAAACCAGUUGUGUCCAGCUCCGGAAAGCUCAGAAUCACAUACCUCACACGACCAGCUUCUAAGUAAUGCACAGCUUUGCCUCAUUGCUCCGGGAGACACAAUUCAUCUCUGUUUUUUGAGAAAACAACACGUCAUAGCUAUUGAAAUCUUUUUGCAAUAUACUCUGGAAAUUUUUUUACGACCCGCUUCCCUCUCGAGGGAAGUUGAUGUACAUCACUUCAUAUUUUGGGCAAAAACGCAGACGAAUGGGGUGAAAUAGACAUUUGCACAUGGUUGUGUAAAAUAACACGAAAUUGCUGCAAGCUGUAACAUUACUUGAGGUUCUUUGUUUAGGCUGAGGACAUUUUCUUGCUAAAUGUUUUGUAAGUCAUUGCGAAGCCUUUGUUUGGUGCUUCAAAUUAAUCGAGUGAAUUAUUUGUUUAUUGUAA